AUGGAUAUCCGACCGAUGCGUGCGUCCGAUAUACCAUAUGUCCAACAUGCAAAUAUCACCAAUCUACCCGAGAAUUAUUUCAUUAAAUACUACCUCUACCAUGCACUCUCUUGGCCACAGCUUUCCUACGUGGCCGUCGACGUCUCACGUCCAGCCAAAUCACAAUAUGACUACCCCCGCAUCGUCGGUUAUGUGCUGGCCAAAAUGGAGGAGGAACCAUUGGAUGGAAAGCAGCAUGGUCAUAUUACGAGUCUUAGUGUGAUGCGCACACACCGGCGACUCGGCAUUGCCGAGAAGUUGAUGCGCCAAUCCCAACGAGCUAUGGUUGAAACUUUUGCGGCCCAGUACGUGUCCCUGCAUGUUCGUGUCUCCAAUACCGCGGCUCUGCGGCUGUAUCGCGAUACGCUCGGUUUCCAGAAUGAGAAAAUCGAAGCAAAGUACUAUGCCGACGGUGAAGAUGCAUACAGCAUGAAGCUAGACUUGGACUUUAUCCGAGAUGCUCUAGUAGAGACAUCCGAGGAUAUAGAUGAAGGCCACCCUGUCGGUGAACUAGGGAGUGCCAAGGAAGAAAAUGUGGCGGGGUCUGAACUAGGUGAGAAGAAGAUUACAGUUCGGGUGGGAAGAGGACUAGGAGUAGGUGAUCUAGUAGAAAGGGAUGAAAGUCAUAAGUCGUGA